UCUCUUCUUCCUCUCUUCGUGCGGCGGCGCGAUUCGUUUUCCCCAAUGUUGCUUGUCAACCAGAUCUAAUCUCCCGUGGUCAAAUCCGACAAAGCGUCAAUCGCGCCACAGAGCGAACAAAAUUGCAGAUCGGUCCUCUCCGGCACACCUCCGACUUGUCUUGCCCAAACAUUCUUUUUGCGUGUUUCUGUGGCCCUGACGGCGCGCUGGAGAUCGAACAUACCUUCACUAUGAUGAGCGGAUGAUGAGUGAUUGAAGAUUUCCGGUCAGCUCUGAUUCUUGAGUGGCGUGUAUGCGGUAGAUGUAGUCUGAUUCGUGAGGUAGGUGGCGGACAUCCUUUCAAUCUCGAACCCGCCUGUGUCAUUCCUCAUGGCCAGCCUGAAUGUCGUGGGCCUUAUCUCAGGCGGAAAAGACUCUUUCUUCUCACUCCUGCAUUGCAAGAAGAAUGGGCACAACAUCGUUGCCCUCGCCAACCUCCAUCCACCUCUUGGCGGAAAGGCGUUAAUUGAUGACAUGGAUAGCUACAUGUAUCAAACCAUCGGCCAUGCUGUCGUCCCGCGUUACGCUGAAGCCCUUGGCCUGCCUCUCUACCGGCAAGAGAUUGGUGGCUCCGCAGUGAAUGCUGACAAGUGUUAUGGCUUCAUUGCCGAGAACGACGAGACGGAGGCUUUGAUACCUUUACUACAAAAAGUGAAAGACAAUCACCCAGAGGUGAACGCCGUGAGCACUGGAGCAAUCCUGUCGGACUAUCAGCGAACAAGAGUCGAGUCUGUUGCGGUACGGCUGGGACUGACGCCACUGUCAUACCUUUGGCAGUACCCGCUUCUACCACCGCAUACUCCCACAUCUCUUCUCCUCGACAUGGCUGCUGUUGGUCAAGACUCUCGGAUCAUCAAAGUGGCAUCGGGCGGGCUGGAUGUAAGCUUUCUUUGGGAGAAUGUGGCUGAUCUCCGGACAAUCACCCGCCUUGAGCAGGCCGCUAAGCGCUUUGGAACCCUCAACGACGGUGCUGUCCUCGGGGAAGGGGGCGAGUACGAGACACUGGCUGUGGACGGCCCGUCGUGGCUCUGGAAACGGCGCUUGGUGGUGGAAGAUGACGAUAGAGAGGCCCUUCCUGGUGAUGCUGGCAGUGCCUCUGUACGGGUGUUGAGUGUACGCGUCGAGAGCAGAGAGGAUGGUCGUGAGGAUUUUGUGGAGCAUUUGAGGUCGCCAGUGUUGCUUGAGCCACGGUUUCAGGGCAUUCUCGAUGCUCUUUUGGCGGAGACAAGACCUGUUCCGGGAACAGACAGUAUUGUGAGCGACGUGCUAGCAGGACCCGUUACACCAAACCACAGCGGCCAGCCUCAGGCCGGUCACUUUAUGUCAAGCCUCACUGGAAAAGGAUCGACCGUCGCACAACAGAUGCUCUCUCUCAUGAAAGGAGCAAAGCAAUCACUUCAUGCAAAAGGUUGCACCUUCAAAAACGUAACCUAUACCAGCAUCAUCCUCCGAAACAUGGCCGACUUCGCCGCCAUCAACCCAAUAUACGGCCAAUUCUUCCGAUUCACCAACCCUCCGGCUCGGGCAACGAUCGCCUGUGCCGCAGUCCUUCCAUUAGACAAGCAUGUCAUGGUUUCUUUUACCGUGUCUGAGCCUGCGAUGUCGUCGGCGAGACAUGGACUCCACGUACAAUCCCGCUCCUAUUGGGCUCCGGCGAAUAUCGGCCCCUACUCUCAAGCCAUCUCCGUGCCUCUUGACGGAGGUGAGAAUGGCUCUUUGGUGUACAUUGCUGGUCAAAUUCCACUGGUUCCUGCGUCCAUGGAGAUUGUUACACCCGACCAAUCGUACAAGCGAGCUGCGUUCAGCACCCAGGCGGUCCUGGCACUGCAGCACGGUGUUCGCGUGGGCAGAGCCAUGCAAGUCAACCAGUGGGCUUGCGCGGUGGUCUUCAUCACAGCAGCCAAGGCCAAAGAUGCUCACUCGCAGCAUCGCAUCAUCCGUCAGGUCUGGGAGGCCUUGCAUGACGAAGACAGCCCGGCUGCAGCCGCAGAGGAUCCCAAUUUCGACGUGUGGGACCUGAAAUACGGCGCCGCGAGACAAGAGGCAUACGCGCCGCGACACUCUUUGGACGAAGCAGGUGGAUCUGCGUCGUCUUUAUCAGGGUUUCCGGACCUCUUCACUGUUCAGGUCGACGCUUUACCGCGAGGAGCAGAUGUCGAAUGGGUGCUGUUUGGGCUGACUGCGGGUGGGCCUUCUCCUCGAAUCGCGCAAGUUGAGCAGUUCUCGCGGCUGUUCGAGGGAAGGGUCUUGAGGGGUUCCUUGAAUUGAUCCUACAUCUGAUGCGCGGAUGAGGAAUGCAAACGGUCGUGACUGUGGUCUUCUCUUACGAGGAACCAUGACUUGAGUCGACACAGUCCAGAACUGCGACGACGAUUGAAAGCAGGCAGACUACGUGCCAGAAGAAGUGAUUCACUCCCUGCCGCUCGCUGACGGCCUGGCGGUUCUCAUGAACGUUGAAUACAAAGUAUAGCGAGUUCUGAAUCCAGUCCGGGGCUCGUCAGGGCUUUUUGCAAGGGAGAUGGUAGAUCCAGUCAGUUGAGGGCAACGAUC